AUGGAAAAUGUUGAAGCCUUUUUAUUUGCAAUGGCUGCAUUUUUUUCAUUUAUGUUAUGGAGAGUAUUAUAUUCUUGUUGGGUUUUGCCCAUCCGGGCCUAUAGAAAGCUUGCCAUUAAUGGUUUUUCUGGUCCACCUCCUAGCUUCCCUUUAGGAAACACCAAGGAGAUGAAGAACACAAAGAGAGUCGAAUCAUCUUCUUCGUCUUCGUUGACGGUUUCUAAUGACAUUCAUUCUAGUGUGUUUCCAUACUUUGCUCAAUGGCAAAAAUCUUAUGGGAAGGUAUUCAUGUACUGGCUAGGAACCGAGCCAUUUUUGUAUAUUGCUGAUCCGGAAUUCUUGAAGAAAAUAUCAUCUGGAGUUAUGGGCAAAAGCUGGGGGAAACCUAAAGUUUUCAAGAAUGAUAGAAAACCCAUGUUUGGCGACGGUUUAGUGAUGGUGGAAGGUGAUGAUUGGGUUCGCCAUCGUCAUGUUAUCACUCCGGCUUUCUCUCCUUCUAACCUUAAGGCAAUGACAAGCAUGAUGGUGGAGACAACAACAAGCAUGUUAGAUAGAUGGACGACGCAUUUGGUUAACUCUGGAAAUCCCGAGAUUGAAAUAGAGAGUGAAAUCAUAAGCACAGCUGGCGAAAUCAUUGCAAAAACAAGUUUUGGAAUGAAUUUUGAAAAUGGAAGAACCGUUUUCAAGAAGCUAAGGGCAAUGCAAGAAACGCUAUUCAAGUCCAAGCGUUAUGUAGGGGUACCUUUCGGCAAGUACAUGUCUUUAGGACAUAAUCUUGAAGCACAAAGGCUCGGGAAAGAGAUAGAUUCCUUAUUGUUGUCGAUCAUUGUUGAACGAAAGAAAUCAAUGGCUAAAAAUGGGUGUAGUAGAGAACCAAAGAAUCUUUUAGGGGUUUUGCUUGAAGAGAACCAUGUGGAGGGACAAAAGGAGAGGAAACUUAGUACAAGUGAGUUGGUGGAUGAGUGCAAGACCUUCUUUUUUGGUGGCCAUGAGACCACGGCGUUGGCAAUCACUUGGAGCUUAUUGCUCCUAGCCGUUCAUCCCACGUGGCAACAUGAGCUUAGAGAAGAAAUUAAACAAGUGAUUGGAGAUGGUGACAUUGAUGCAACCACGGUUGCUGGUCUAAAGAAGAUGGGAUGGGUGAUGCACGAGGUCUUGAGAUUAUAUCCAACAGCACCAAAUGUACAAAGACAAGUCCGAGGAGAUAUUAGAGUGGACCAAGAUUCGGUAAUUCCUGAUGGCACCAACCUGUGGAUCGACGUGGUGGCAAUGCACCACGAUCAAGACUUUUGGGGCAAAGACGUCAAUGAAUUUAAACCAGAGCGGUUCAAGGACGACAUACAUGGUGGAGCUGAACACAAAAUGAGUUAUCUGCCUUUCGGGUUUGGAGGUCGAAUGUGUGUGGGUCGAAAUUUGAGUGCAAUGGAAUAUAAGAUCAUGUUGAGCUUAAUCUUGACAAGGUUUUCAUUUUCAUUGUCACCAAAUUACACUCAUUUGCCUUCUAUUAUGCUUUCCCUUAGGCCAAUGCAAGGGUUGCCCCUCAUUAUGAAACCCCUAUAAAUUAAUUUGUAUACAUAUAUAUAUAUAUAUAUAUCGAUGUUGAUUAGUAGUGACAGCCUUAAUUUGACUAGGUUUAAAGCUAUUGAGAACAUGUUGUUGUUUUUUUUCUUAAAACAAAAGCUUACUGGCUAAUAGAUGCAAAAUAUUAGUGUUUGAGGUAGAAUAAAGUUAAUAACAACUUUCAUGUACAAGCUCUAAUUUUCGUUUGUUUUAUGUUAUAUAAUGGUUUGCUUUUCAA